UGCUGCUUCACUGCCACUGUGUUCUGUUACUACUGCUCACAUUACACUGAAAAGAGAUGAGCUCCUCUCUGCCAGGGGUUUCUAUAGUUCUGCUCACUAUAGUCACACUUGGUGCCACUGCAGUUCACUAUAAUGUCACUACUAAUGGCAAUUCUGCAGGAGCUCCAUGUGUAUUUCCCUUCUUUUACGAUGGAGACUAUUACACACAAUGUGUUCUCACAAUGAGUCUCAAUAGGUCUGUCUUGUGGUGCAGCACGACGAACAACUAUACCAGAGAUGGACAGUGGGGAGAAUGCCCGAAUUACGAUGUUUGCCUUUCCCAUGAGACUCUGUCUGACCCAUGGCGGAACAUUGGCUUCAACUUCACCUCUGUCUCUGGAUGGCGAGUGAAUGACAGUAGCUUGCAGGAGGGGUGGUAUAAGUUCAGUGGUAUUGGAGGAGAUCGUAUGGUCUACUACUGCUUAAGCUUCACUUUUGUUGGUAACACUGUCGUGCUCAAUGACGGCAGUGUAAACUCUGAUUUUGACCUGAACACAUGUGAAGCCAUCACUGGCAGUACUCAGCAUGUAGACUGUGGUGGUGGUCUGGUCCUGUAUUAUCUGAUUCCAACCAAUGAGACUUACAUCACACGUCAUUCCUCCUGCAGUGCUACUUCCUGUGGUCAGCAUGCUCGCUGUGGUCUUCUUUAUGGUAGCUGUGAGUGUGAACCUGGGAUCACCAUACCUGAUGGCAUCCUGCCCACAGGAGACUCUUAUGAAUGUUCAGAACUUAUUCUCAACUUAAGAGAAGAAUGCAAGGAUAAUUUCACAGCAGAGUGUGCGAAAGAAUUCUUGAGCAGCAUUCAGAAUAUUACAGCUCAAGGAUUACCACAGAAGAUUGUGGAAACGUAUUUGAAGAAGGUGCUGGAAUGCAUGAAUGUUUUGGAAAACACAGUUACUGACCAAAAUCAACUGGUAUUGUAUGGGAAUGCUAUACUGAAUGCUGUUGAGAAACUAGUUUCUACAUUGGUGAGGAAAACAGACACCAUCUAUGUCACAAACAUCACUCUUCAAGCUUUAGAUGUUGAAGUGUUUGUGGUGGGACCUAAUGCCUCCUUGAGUACAACCACUCAACUCAGAACAAGAAGCGGUUUAAUGGAUAUUGAUCUCAUUGGGAUUGCAAAGAACAACAAUGGAUCGGCUGCUGUGGCCUUCAUGAGCUACACCAACUUGUCAACUUUGCUGAGACCCAGCUUCUUCAACUCAUCUGUUAACACAGUGAAAACCAUGUUGUCCACUGUGGUGUCAGCCACACUGCCCAAAACCACCAACACACAGCUCACCAAACCAGUCAACUUCACAUUGAAGCACAUUGCUAGGUUGGAGCCUAAAGGCAUUCUUUCCUGUGUGUACUGGAAGGAAACCGAAUGGGUUGAAGAUGGCUGUAAUGUCACCCACACCAACAAGAGCCACACUACAUGCUCCUGUGUUCACCUAUCGACCUUCGCUCUCAUCAUGCAGCCUAAUCCAGGCGCGAGCGAUCCUCUCUUGGAGCUACUCAACAUGAUAGCUGUGUCAGUGGGGCUGGUGUUCCUGAGCUUGGCUUUGUUGACCUUUGCCCUUUGUCAGAGGGACUCAAGAGUGACCAACACAGCUCUAAUCAACCUCUGUAUAAGCCUGCUGCUGGCUCACCUCCUCUUCCUGCUCACACAAGAAUUCUUAGGCUACAUCCACCAUUAUAAGAUGGUGUGUGCAGCAAUGGCAGGUGUUCUGCACUUCCUCUUUCUCUCUGCUUUUGUGUGGAUGUUCAUUGAAGCUUUUCUGCUUUUCUUCUUUGUGAAGAACCUAACAAAGAUCAGAUCAAAGCAGAAGGAUGUGCUCAGCUGGAAAUACCUGAUUGUGAUUGGCUAUGUCAUUCCACUGGCUGUAGUUGGUGUUUCUGUUGGUCUGUUUCCUGAUGGAUAUGGCAGUGAAAAAUGCUGGAUUAAGAACAAGAAGAACUUUACCUGGAGUUUCCUGGGUCCUGUUUGUGUCAUCCUUGCAUCCAACAUUGUCCUAUUCUGUGUGAUUACUGUGAUGCUCAGAUAUGCUCUGGCAGGUCUGAACAAUCAGGUUUCCCAGUUCAGACAGACCAGAAUUCUCGUCUUCAAAACCAUUGUCCAGUUUAUCGUCCUUGGUUGUCCCUGGAUUUUGGGUUUCUUUACAGAUGGAAGUAAAGUUUUGGAGAUUGUCUUCCUGUUCCUCAACUCCCAGCAGGGCACUUUCAUCUUCCUGGUUCACUGUGUCCUCAACCAAGAGGUAAGGCAGCAAUACAGGAAGUGGCUUAGUGUGGUUUGCUCCUGCUGCAAGUCUGUCACCAUGGCAGAACCCAAGAACAACUCACAUCCUCAUUUGAAUUAAUAUAACUCAUUAUUCAAAUGGCUCAAAGACUUUUUGAUGGGAAGGAAUGGUGUGUUAAACUACCAAAAAGAGGUGGCAAUGACUGACACUUGUAAUAAUAAUAAUAAUAAUAAUAAUAGUCUGAUUUUGUUUUUCUUCUGUCAUGCAAAUAAAGUGCUUUAUAGCUUGUAUCUUUCUUCUCUUUUUGGAU